CUCACUAAGGUUUGGUCGCUCUCUUGCAGUGGCAGCGCCGCACUGCUUAGCUAGCUUUGCUCUCGUGCAGUCGUCUUCCUUCCUCUACUGGUUCUACAUCUUCUACUCAUCAACCAAACCCUGCAAGAGUUUUCAAGUCGUUAAUUACUCUUGUUAAUUAAGAGUUGUCCCCGGAGCAAAUCAAUCAAGUAACCAAGUAAUUAAUUACUUACGUUCUCUCCGAAUUGAUAAUACUUAUCGUUUUGGAGCGGUAUUUUGUCUGACGGAUCGGAGGUGGCUGGGUGAUGGAGGAGGGGAAGCGGAAGCGGGAGGAGUACUCAGACUCCGAGCAGCGCUCGCGGUCGCGCGCGCGCAGGCGGCGGCGGCUGGCGGCGCAGGCGGCCGCGCUGCGGUCCGAGAACGGCGCCGUGGAGGUGGCCGCGCGCGAGGCCGUGGGCCGGUGCGCCGCCGUGGACGCCGAGAACGAGCUGCUCCGCGCGCGCGAGGCCGAGCUCGCCGCGCGCCUGCGUUCUCUCAUCGACCUGCAGCAGGCACAGCGCAUGCAUGAGGCGACGCCCUCUUCGCCGCCGCCGCCGCCGCGGCCGUCGACCUCUGUCGAUUUGAAUCAUUCGAUCAAGAAUAAGUAGAUGGCUCAGGUUAUCGAUGUAUCGAUCGUGCCAGGGUUUGCAAUUCUCAUCUUGGAGGUUAUUGCCACUCGCCACCCCAUUUGUAUGGAUGAUUACCGCGGUACGUAACGUAACUGCGUCUAGGGUACUGACAAAAAUCAAACAAAAAUUUACUAAUCGAAAUUUCAAUUCGAACGGCGAGACCAAUAGGAUUGGAAACGGUGACCGAUCGGGAAAAAAAAUUAUAUAUCAAGGGUGUUUGCGCAAUGUGUCGAUUUUAUCGAGUCAAAUGUUUUGAAUUAUCAGAUAUCAGGAAAUUAGAAGAAAAUGAAGAAACAUCUACAAAAA